AUGCAAGCCUUUGAUCCUCAAAAUGAGGGCCCCCUCCAAGGCCUGGUUGCUUCCCGAAUCGAGACUUAUGGGGGCCGUCGUUCGACUUCUGCCCAGAGCACUGCUGGGAAUAUCUAUCCCAGAGGAGGCCCUGUAUUGGACCCUAGUCGCCGACGCCUCCAGCACUAUGUCCCUUUUGCCAAGGGCUCUGGUCAUGCUCGAGGCCUGUCUCCUCUGAUGCUUCGGGAACCAGAGCCAGAGAAGAGGCAUGGAGGCCAUUUUGGGGUUGGCCCACCUCACUCCCCCAAACUCAAGGAAGUCACCAAGGCCCAUGAGCUGGAGGUGAGACUGCACACAUUCAGCAUGUUUGGGAUGCCGCGACUGCCACCUGAGGACCGGAGACACUGGGAAGUAGGAGAGGGAGGUGACAGUGGCCUGACCAUGGAAAAGUCCUGGAAGGAGCUAGUGCUUGGACACGAGGAGAUGAACCGUGAGCUUUGCCAUCAGCAGGAAGCACUGUGGGAGCUCCUGACCACGGAGCUGAGCUACCUGAGGAAGCUCAAGAUCAUGACUGAUCUCCUGGCAGCUGGUCUGCUGAAUUUGCAGAGAGUGGGACUGCUGACUGAAGUGUCAGCUGAGACCCUGUUUGGAAAUGUCCCCAACCUGAUUAGAGCCCACCGGAGCUUUUGGGAAGAGGUGAUGCAGCCCAUCCUGGAAGAGACUCGAACCUCUGGCCAGCCUCUGGACCCUGUCAGCUUACAAAAUGGCUUCCUGACAUUUGGCCAGCGGUUCCUGCCCUACGUUCAGUACUGCCUGCGAGUGAAGCAGACCAUGGCUUAUGCCCGGGAGCAGCAAGACACGAACCCUUCAUUCCACACUUUCGUGCAGGUGGGGCAGGAGGGUCCCUGCAGACUCCUGAGCUCUACCCACCUCCCCCUGCAGUGGUGUGAGAAACACAAACGCUCGGGAAGGCAGACGCUGGGCGACUUGCUUAUCAAACCCCACCAGCGCAUCACCAAGUACCCACUGUUGCUGCAGGCUGUGCUCAAGAGAAGCCCCGAGCCCCGAGCCCAAGAGGCCCUGAACGCCAUGAUUGCAGCUGUGGAGUCCUUCCUGCGACAUAUAAAUGGACAGGUCCGCCAGGGUGAAGAGCAGGAGAGCUUGGCGGCUGCGGCUCAGCGCAUAGGACCCUAUGAGGUGCUGGAGCCCUCCAACGAGGAGGUGGAGAAGAACCUGCGUCCGUUUUCCACCCUGGAUCUCAUGACUCCUAUACUAGGGGUUGCCCAGGAGCACACGAGGCAGCUGCUGCUGGAAGGGCCUGUGCGCAUGAAGGAAGGGCGAGAAGGGAAGCUGGAUGUGUACCUGUUCCUGUUCUCUGAUGUGCUCCUGAUAACCAAGCCUCAACGCAAGGCAGACAAGGCCAAGGUCAUCCGUCCCCCUCUCAUGCUGGAGAAACUUGUGUGCCGACCACUACGAGACCCCCACAGCUUCCUGCUGAUCCACCUCACUGAAUUCCAGUGUGUCUCCAGUGCCCUCACUGUGCACUGUCCCAGCUCAACAGAUCGUUCACGGUGGCUGGAGAAGACCCUGAAGGCUCAGGCCACUCUGCAGAGGCUGAAGGCUGAGGAGUAUGUUCAACAGAAGAGGGAGCUCCUGGCCAUCUAUCGCGACCAGGGCAGGGAGUCCCCCAGCACCAGACCCUCCACUCCUUCCCCAGAGGACUCUCAGAGCAGUGCCGAGGGGAGGACUUUGGAGCUCAGCAUCGUCCCCCGCCUAGUGGUGACUGAAGACACGGAUGAAGAUGCUCCCUCUAUGCCCGAUGACACCUCGGACUCUGGCUAUGGCACCUUGAUUACAAGCUCCCCCAAGAACUCUCACUCUCCGCUGAACAGGCUCCGGUCCAAAGCUCUUCGUAGGGACCCUCGUCUUACCUUCUCUACCCUGGAACUCCGAGAUGUUCCUUUGCGGCCCCAGCCCCCUGACCCCCAAGCUCCCCAGCGACGAAGUGCCCCAGAUUUGCCGGAUGGGAUCCUGAGAGGAGGCAGUCUACCCAGGAGAGGCCCCCCAGCCUGGUCCGAGGAGGAAGAUGAGACUUUGACCACACGGGAUGUGGUGGUAGAAACCCUAAACAGGGCACAGCGGCGCAGCCCGCUCCCCCACUCUCCCACCCAGACUGACUCUGCUGAGGAAAGCCCCUGGGAGUCCUCCGAUGAAGAAGAGGGGCCUCUAUCCCCUGGACUCCGCCCCCGGCCCCUGCGGGCCGAGGAUAUGCUCAGGGAGAUAAGGGAGGAGCUGGCCACCCAAAGGAUCGAGGGAGCCUCGGAACCUGGGGAUGACAAGCCCCGGAAGCUGACUAGAGCCCAGUUGCAGAGAAUGAGAGGGACCCACAUCAUACAGCUGGACACCCCCCUGUCCACAUCGUAAGUGCAGGAGGGAGACUACUAUGGGACAGGAGGGCAGUAUGACGUGAGGGGCCAUUCUAAGGAAGGCGGUGAGGGCCGGGACCGACACAGGGGAGGGUACUCAGCUGUAACUGUCCCCCCCACUCCUGUUGCUUGACCUCAACCUAAUGGAGCUAUCUCCUUCCUUUACAGAGAAGUGUGAGGGAUGCCGAGGCCCUUUGGCGCAUCUCCUGGAGGAACUGUCUCCCCAAGAGUGCUGGUCACCUCCCUCCCCCUGGACUCUACCUCAAGGACCCACUUCAAACCAAGCUCGGCCCAGGCACCCGCCUCCUGCUCUGAGAACUGUACAUUUGUGUCUCACAGACACAUCUCUGAGCCCUACAUAAAAGUGCCCAGGAGACAUGCCUGUUUGCUCAACCAUGCUUGGUCAACAUGGUGGGAGGAGGGAAACAU